AUGGUCGUCAACAACCCCAACAAUUGGCACUGGGUGGACAAGAACUGCCUCGUGUGGUCCAAGAAGUACUUUGACGAGAAAUUGACUCACUUGUCGGUUGAAGAUGACGGCGAUCAAUGCAGCGCUGAGAUCCAAGAUGUGUCCUCGGUUGAAGGUGACGUUGACGUUUCGCAAAGAAAAGGUAAGGUCAUUUCGCUUUUUGAUCUCCGCUUGGUGUUGACCUUCCGUGGCACUACUGCAAAGGACAAGGAGGUGUCUGGGUCCAUUACCGUGCCGGAAUUGGCAUACGAUACCGAUGAAGACGACUUGAUUUUCGACGUUACCGUGUACAAUGAGUCGCCGGACAACUCCGGCAUCAGGACAUUGAUCAAGCAAAAGAUGAUCCCUAAAUUGCGUCAACUCUUGGUUCAGUUUGGUCCAGACUUGAUCGAGACCAACAGCAGGGACAUCCAGCUUGAAAAGGACAAGGUCACUUCGACAUAUACCAAGGCCAACCAGGAAGAGAAGAGCAGAUCUGGUGAUACCAAACCAGUGGAGACCAAACCAGUGGAGACCAAACCAGUGGAGACCAGACCAAAGCAAGAUGCUGGAGUAGAGCCCAAAAAGAGCAACCUGCAAAAAAAAGCCGAGCAGCCAACUUCUAGCCACGCGCCAAAGUACAAUACCACCACGUUGCACAUGGAACCAGCAUUCAACACCUCGGCAGACCAAAUUUACAUGACUCUAUUGGACGAAGCAAGGAUAGCCGCGUGGUCAAGAUCGUAUCCUAUAAUCGAAAAGUUCCCACCAAAAGAGGGCUCGAGUUUCAAAUUUUUCGGUGGUGCAGUGCAGGGAAAGUUUCUAAAACUUGUGCCAAACGAGCAAAUUUUACAGUUGUGGAGGCUAGACGAUUGGAAAGCGGGUCAUUACGCCGAGUUGGACAUGAAGUUGGUUCAAAGCAGCGGUGAAACCAAGUUGAUUGUUAAAUUCACCGGUAUACCCAUUGGAGAAGAAGAUAGAGUCAGAGACAGAUUUGAAGAGAUGUACAUUAGAUCGAUCAAGAUUACCUUUGGCUUUGGUGCUGUCUUGUAA